UAUGGUUAUUGGUUAUGAGCGUGUUUUUUUUUGAGGUUAUCAAUCAUACAACAAAAAUACUUCGAAAUUUAAUGGAACAACGUAUUUCUUGUAUGAAAUGAAGCAAUAUAGAAUAUUUAUAGAAAAUCUACCCGAAACAGUCACUGAGCCUGAAAUCGGGUCGAAAUUUUCGCCAUUUGGAGAAGUGAAAAGUAUUGAAAUCAAAGAAAGGAAAGUUAUUACAGCAAAACAUACUUCUUGCUUUUUUGCCUAUGUCAAUCUAAGUACCGAUGAUAAUGAACUUCAAAAAUGUUUUCAGACAUUCCAGGAAGUUCCAUGGUGUGGACAAUUCGUUAAAUUACAAAUAGCAAAAGAAAGCUUUUUGGAAAGAUUGAAAAGGGAGCGGGCAUUAAAUGAAUCAAAAAAUGAGUCUUCAAACAUUGCUAAUCAUACACCCACUGUGGAAAGUACUGCACUAAUUCCUCCCAAAUCGAAGGAAAUAUCUACCACUCUGACAAAAAAAAAAGAUACUCCAUAUUCUUCAGUAGACAUCAAUAAAAAAAGUUUACACGAAAGUCAUAAAAAGAAAAUAGAAUCAAGUUCCUCUGAUUCCUCUGAUGAUGAAGAAAAGAUCUCGGAGAAAAGAAACACGACAUGUACAGAUGAUAAUAAAGAAGAUACAAAGAGUGAACUCCUUCAAAUCAAGAAAGCAAAAAAUAUUGGAGCAAAAUUUGUGAAUGGUCUACUGAAAAUUGAGGACUUCAAAAAGGGGCAUAUUGUUCCAAAUAAAUCGGUUGAUAAUAAGAAAAUCUUGGAUGAAGGUCAGGCCGAAGCUGAAGCUAGAAGAAAAAAAGCAGUCAAAGAUAAGAUUAGGGCUUACCACCAACAAAAAAAAGCCUUCACUACGUUCAAGACUAAACCUAAAAUUAUCAAAUUUACUGAUGAUGAUGAAGUAGAAGAAACUGUUGAAAAUAACAAUGGUAAAAAGAAGGGUUCUGGGAAGGUUAAAUUAUUUGAUUCAUCCGAUUCAGAGACAGAGGAAAUUGACGUGCAAAAAAAUAUUGAAAAUAGGAUGAAAAGUGAACAAAGAUUUGCUCUUGAUCACAGAUUUGAAGAAGCUGAACCGAACGAAAUAGAAAAGAAUCAAGAUGGACUAAAUGAAGAUGGGCAACGAAAUUUGAAAAUUUUGGAAGAGGUUUUGGGCCAGAAAGUAAAGAGAAAUCUCAGGCAGGAUGAAAAUGGGCCGGGCUAUAUUAGAUAUGACCCUUCAAACUUGGAUCAUAGUAAAUAUGAAGUAAGUGAGGAAAGAGACGAAUUAAAAAGAAAGAAAAAAAGGACAAAUGAAAAAGCCGUAGAGAUCAAAGAAGCACCAGAAGUUUCCAAUGAGAGGGUGUUUUCCAAAAAUGUAGAUUUCAAAUCUGUAUUGGGAAAAAGUGAUGGUUUCAGCUUGACUGAAAUUUUCGGUGGUGAUAAGAUAAAAGAAAAUGAACCUGCUUGUGAAGAAACUUUAGUACCAUUAAAAAAUGAUACUAAAGGAAAUCCUUUCAAAUAUGACUCCUCUGACGAAGAGGAUGAAAUUGAGCAGGUAGAACCUCAACCAAAGAGACCAAAGAAAGCAUGGACCGAACCCUUUUUUCUCCAAGAUAAUGAUUUUCGAUUUCAAGAGGGCUUAGACUUUGUAAAGAGACUGGCUUCCCAAAAAAGGGAAGAAGGGCAAUUGGAAGAGGAAAGAGAAAAAAUGAAGAAAAUUGUAAGAAGCAAGAUGCGAAACGUGAAUAAGAAAAAUAAACGUUUCCAAAGGAAGCUGGGAGGAAGCAAAAAGAAGAAAAUGAAGAGAAUAGAUAAAGCAUUGAAGAGAUGAUCAGUUUUUAUUCAAUUGUAUAUAUUUUCUUUAUAUAAUAUAUAAUUUUACCGUG